AUGGCCCUCACCAUGACUCCCACUCGCCAGCCCUUGGGCUGUUUGGACUCGCCGCACAUGCGUCCGAUGAUCCGAUCGAAGCUGAAUCGCCAGAACCAGCAAAAUGUCCUCUCCCUGAAGGGUAUCAACAGUCCCAAGAACACUAUCUUCAUCGACUCUGAGAACAUCGAGCCGAGCUCUACAAAGCGUAAGCGCACUCUGGACGACGACGAGGAAAACUCCAAGCCCAAAGCAUCACGCGUGACUCUCUCUACCCGCAUCCCAUCUCACAUCACAACACCCAAGCCCUCGCAAUCAACAACUCCCAAAUCUGCACCAAUCAGGCCUGCCGGUCGCUCCCCGCCUCCCAAAGCCAGCAAAUCUGCUAGCCGUCGUUCAAUCACCAAGCCCAGGGACGUGAACAAGCGCGGUGUCGCCCGUCCCUUCUCCCUCGCCUCCGCACUUGCUCAAAGCAAGAGUAAGCCCAAGCCCAAGCCCAAGGCUCCAGAGGCCUGGUGCUUCGAUAUUCACGUCGACACCGAGGAAGAAGAGAUGACCAACUUGAUGCAACACUCCACCACCGUCCUCGACAUCAGUGACGACGAAGGAAAGCCCACCGAUCGUCGUGGCAAGGAGAAUGUGCCCCCUCAUGAACUGGGCCUGGAGGUACCCAGCGCCCAUCAGACCACCACGGCUAGCGCCAACGCGACUGCGAAACGCAAGUCACUUACGGAUCGUGCGCCGCUAGGGGAUCUCAACGCUGCUGAAUACUAUGCCGAUGACUGCAACGCCUUCUCCUUCACGGUCGUCUACGAAGAUGAGGCUGAGUUCAAGAAGCCUGCCUCCCCUCUUUCGCAGAGCCAGGAGGCUUUGGUGGCUCCUAUCGAAUCUGCUGCGGAGGCCGCUGCUCCCAAAACUGAAGAUGCAGCUGAAAAGCCAGUUUAA